AUAUCCUUUCCUCUCUCUCUCUCUCUCUCUCCCCCCUUCUCUCUCUCUCUGAUCCAGAAUCGAAGGCAAUCCAAUAGACAACCUUACCUUGCCCUAAUGCCUCCUCCUCCAUUCCUCAAAGAAUCAAACAUCCCCAGAUAACUAGCUAGGACGGUACGCAUGGAGCAGCUGCCUGUUCUUGCCGGUGGCUCAAAGUCCACCACCACGACGCCCUUCUACCUCGCCUUAGAUCACAAAGCCUCCGCAUCGUCUUCCCCGCCGGCGGAGGCACCAACGCCGCCGCUGCCGCCGCCUGCCGUCUCAGAUCCUCCUGGACAGUCUAACAGCGAGAGGGGAUCGGAAAUAAUCAAAGCGAAGAUCAUGUCGCACCCUCUCUAUCCGGCUCUUCUGAGAGCCUUCAUAGAUUGCCGAAAGGUUGGAGCGCCUCCAGAGGUUGCUGGUCGGCUUUCGUCCCUCGCCGGCGAGGUCGAGAUGAAUUCAGGCGACGUGCAAGAACAGCCGGCUGAUCCAGAGCUCGAUCAAUUCAUGGAGAUCUACUGUCACAUGUUGGUAAGGUACAGACAGGAGCUCACAAGACCAAUCCAAGAAGCCGACGAAUUCUUCAGAAGCAUGGAGGCCCAGAUGGACACACUUUCGCUAGAUGACAACGGCUACGAAGGGGGCGGUUCCUCCGACGACGAUGAGCAAGAACCAGUCGACUUGGUCGGCCUGCCGGUGGAUGAGACGACCGGCAGCCCGAGCGCUAAAGACAAGGAGCUGAAGACCCGCCUCCUGAACAAGUACAGCGGCUACCUAAGCAGCCUCUGGAAGGAGCUCUCGAGGAAGAAGAAGAAAGGCAAGCUGCCGAGGGACGCGCGCCAGAAGCUCCUCCACUGGUGGCAGCUCCACUACAGGUGGCCCUACCCGUCGGAGCUGGAGAAGGCGGCGCUGGCGGAGUCGACGGGGCUGGACGCGAAGCAGAUCAACAACUGGUUCAUCAACCAGCGGAAGCGGCACUGGAAGCCGGCGCCGCCGGCGAUGGUGCUGGCCACGGACUACAGGCUGCGCCCGUACGGCGGCGGCGGCGGCGGCGGCGCCUCGAGCAGCUCGGGCUCCGCCGCUCUCCGCAUGGAGGGGCAGUACUUCGCCGGCGGGAGCUCGUAUCCGCGUGGCCCCUGAUCGAUGUCGUCGGCCCUGCUCGCGCGAGGUAUGACUUGCAUGCAUGAUAAUGAUGACUAUAUUGUGGUUAGGAGCCAGCCUGCUGUGCAACCUUCAGAGUCUGGCGUAGGAGCUGCUGUCUGCAUUCAAGAGGUCAUCUCUGCAAUGAUCGGAAUCAGAUCUUUGCAGAAGUUGCUAGUGGCCACACAUCGGCGAAGUAGAAGGCUUGAAGGACUAUUGAACAAAAGAAAGGUAUACAUAAUAAAGAAACACAUGAUCCAUGAGCACACAAAAUGAGUUUCCACUUUCAAGAUUGUUUCAAAAUUUCUUAUACGUGCUUUUUUUUAUGUGUAGACGUCUCAAUGCAGUCCAAAUUAAACACUUUAAGAUAUGGCUAUAUAUCAAUACUAUUUUUGGUCCAAAA